AUGGACUCGGAGCCACCUCCACCGCCGCCACCUCCGCACGGGCAGAACCCGCGGCCGCCUGGUGGUGGGCUGCCGGAUGGCAACUAUGACAUCUUCAUCAUCCCGCCGCACUCAGCUGGGGGAGGCUUUCUAUACCUGCCAUCCCUUCAGCCACAGCGCAACAGCUUCCUUGCGGGGGUAGGCUGCACACUACUGGUCGUGGGCAUAUGGUCGUUGAUCAUACCGGUGCUCAAGACCUGGAGCUCCACAGUCGUGGCGGGCGGCGGCGGGCUUGGUGUGGUCGUGCUGGUGAUUGCUGUGGGGGUUGGAGCUUGGGCUUGGGGCAAGACGCAGGCGGAGAGCAGCUCUGGGCGGCCCCCAGGAGGCGCGGGAGGAGCUGGCGCAAGUGGUUCGCAUCAUCAGCAGAAGCAGUACUCGAGCGGUCCUCCGCCCAAUUACCAGUCACCUCCUCCACCGCCACCACAACCAGAGCCAGAACAUCAAGCUCCACCACCCCCUCCACCUCCUCGACCGGAACCACAACCGAAAGCUAAACCUAGUCCAAGUGCUGGAGCAUGGGAAAAGGCUAGAGAGGAAACCAGAAGGAGGGAAGAGGAACGCAAGCGAGCUGAAGAGCUGGAGAAGAAGCGCAAGGAAGCACAACGGCUGCGAGAGGAGAAGGAGAAGGCCGAAAAGGCUGCAGCUGAGAAAUCGAAAUGGGAGCAGGCACGUGCUCGAGAGAAAGAGGCACGCGAACGAGAAGCACGAGAGCGCAUUGCACGCGAGAGGCUCGCUCGAGAGAAGGAGGCACGCGACAAGGAUGCUCGAGAGCGAGAGGCUAGGGAGCAGGCAGACAAAGCAGCGAAGGAAGCCAAGGAGAAGGCUGACAAGGAGAAAGCAGAGAAGGAGCGAGCAGAGAGACUGGCAGAAGCUCGAGCAAGAGUCGCUGCCACGGCCAGUGCGCGAUCGAGUCCGACCAAGUCGAACUACGAACAACCUUCAGCCAAAUCUGCCACCGGAGAAACUGCGUACUCCUAUCGACCCUACGACACCUCACCCAAGAAGGCGGCAACAUACAAAUCAUCAGCCUCUUCGAUCUCCGGCCUCAGUGAAAGCAGCUACGCACCCAGUCAGAGCACUGCUCGAACCACCCCACCACCCUCAAUGCGCGGACCCUACCACACCAACGACCCCGACAAAAUCCAAAUCAAAGCCGUCUACCUCUUCAGCGACAGCUUCCCCAACAAACCCAUCUCCCAACUCGUCGCCAGCCAGGCGAACGUAACCGAUGGCCUCAUCCUCCGCAUCAAGACCGAAGGUCUCUUCAUCGACGACGACGUCCGCGGUGUGCCCCAGCGCGAAUGGGACGUCAAAGCCUGGACGUUGAAACUCGUCGAAGAUGGCGCGACGAAGACUCAUGCGGGAGGAGCUGCGACGCAUGUUUUCAGAGCGCAGACGAGGGAUACGGAGAAUAAGAAGUAUACUUUCAUCCUUGAUGAGAGUGAGGCGUGGAAGGUGGCGUUGGGACUGAGUCGUCUUAAGAAGGGGAGUCAGGUUCGGAGUCUGAAUAUGAAUGGGAUGAAGGAUGCGGAGGUUAAGAGGUUGCUGAUGGACCUUGGGUGGAUGUGA